AGGACCAGGCCUGUGAUCAGUGCCUUGGUGUAUGUUUCCCAUGAGCCCCUGUACCGGCAUCCUGCCUGAUCCCUGCCUUGAUCCUGACUCUGAACGAAUUCCGCCUGUCCUGACCUCGGCUAUUCCUGACCACUCUUCCGCUCGCUCCUGGUACCCUGUUUGCCCAUUAGCUACCGACCCGGCCCGUCUGACUACGUUUGGGUUUGUUUCACCUUGUUGUAUUUGUGUUAGUUUUGGGUUUGGUUUGUUGCACUGCGUUUAUGUUUGUGUUGUCCUUAAUAAAUUAUCUUGUUUACACGCUAUACCUGAA